CUUCUGACAAUACUGCGUCUGUUCCUCGUCUCUUUCUCACCAACAAACAACAAACUGGUCUCUGCUCUGCUCCUUCAGGUGGAAAUCCCAAACAUCCAGAAACAAAGGAAACAUUUAGCCAAGCUGGUCCUGGACAUGGACUCAGCGCGCACACGGUUUUAUCAGUCCACCAAGUCGUCGGGACUUUCCACCAACCUGCAGCCGACGGGAGCCAAGGCCGACCACCUCAGGGAAGAGAUGGAGGAGGCAGCCAACCGCAUGGAGAUCUGUCGAGAUCAGUUAUCAGCAGACAUGUACAGUUAUGUGGCCAAAGAACUUGACUAUGCAAGCUACUUCCAGACACUGAUAGAAGUGCAGGCUGAGUACCACAGGAAGUCAUUAGAGCUGCUUCAAAGUGUUUUACCACAGAUCAAGGCUCAUCAGGAGACCUGGGCGGAGAAGCCAUGCUACGGGAAACCAUUAGAGGAGCACUUAGCGCUCAGCGGGAGAGAUAUUGCCUUUCCCAUCGAGGCCUGUGUCACCAUGCUGCUGGAGUGUGGCAUGCAGGAGGAGGGUUUGUUCAGAAUCGCUCCUUCGGCCUCCAAACUAAAGAAGCUGAAGGCGUCUUUGGACUGCGGGGUGAUGGACGUCCAGGAGUACUCUGCAGACCCACACGCCAUCGCAGGUGCUUUGAAGUCGUACCUGCGGGCUCCCGAGCCAUUAAUGUCAUAUGAGCUCUACAACGACUGGAUCCAGGCCUCCAACAUUCAAGAUCAAGACAAGAGACUGCAGGCUCUUCUGAGCGCCUGUGAGAAACUUCCACCGGCCAACAACAACAACUUUAAGUGAGACAGCGGGGAAGAUGACCAGCAAUGA